AUGAAAUUUGGAGAAACGUUUACGGAGUAUCUGCAGACAAAUCAAGAGAGAUUUAUGGCGAAAUGCUGCUACGUGGAGUACAAGCACCUCAAGAAGGUGCUGAAGAGUUGCAGGCGGUGCAGGGAUUUCAAUGCUUCCUCUGGUGCGGACGGCAAUGGCGAUGGGGAAAACACAGUGACGCAGUGUGGCUAUUAUAAUUCCCGUCCCCUGUGUGGCCAGAUGUUCUUCACUGAAUUGAUGAAUGAGGCUUCUGGUGUGGUCGGUUGCUUUAGGCAAAGAGUCGGGCGACUUCUCCAAUUUCAUAUCCAUAAUGGUAUGCAAAGAUACUUCACGUAUUUGCGCCAGUGUUUUGCCAGUCCCCAGCAAGCUACAGCACAAGAGUGUCGAAUGUUAAUAGAAUAUGUUAUGAUGAAUGCUGUGGCCAUGCGAAAAAUACUUAAGAAAUACGACAAGGUGCAUGGCUCGGCCAAUGGGAGAAAAUUCAAGUCUAAGAUGGUAGCUGAGCAUAUGGAGAUUUUACAGUCCCCUUGGCUUAUCGAGCUGGGGGCUUUCUACAUGAAUAUCAAUCAAUCAAAUGAUGGAGACUCUCAAGAAAAUCGUAACCCCUUCUCGUUCCAUUUAAAUUUGUCAGAUCCCAUAAUGACGUUGAUGCUUCCGGAUUCUGUAAAGUUGGAAUAUAGCAUGACUUGCGCUAUUUGCUUGGAGCUAGUUUUCAAUCCAUAUGCCUUGAAAUGUGGACAUCUUUUCUGCAAAUCGUGCGUCUGCUCGGCAGCUUCUGUUAUGAUUUUCCAAGGGCCGAAAGAUGCAGAUCCAGAAUCGAGAUGUCCUGUCUGUAGGGAGGCAGGUGUAUACCGUAACGCGGUACACAUGAUGGAAUUGGAUUUGCUUACGAAGAAAGAUUGCAAGGAGUACUGGAAAGAGAGAUUGGUGGCCGAACGUGCUGAGAUGGUGAAGCAAUCGAAAAUCUAUUGGGACCUCCAAACUAAAUACAUGAUUGGUUACUGA